AUGGCUUCCGAAAAGGAACGAAACAUCACUAUCAUAGGAGGCGGCAUCAUCGGAUCCUGCUCGGCAUACUACUUAACGAGACAUCCUUCCUACGAUCCCUCUAUACACAAAAUCACUCUCCUCGAAGCCUCCGAGAUCGCUGGCGGCGCAUCUGGGAAGGCCGGCGGUCUACUCGCUCUAUGGGCUUAUCCAAGCUCUAUAGUUCCGCUUAGUUACAAACUACACGCCGAACUCGCAAAGGAGCACAAUGGGAAGGAUGCUUGGGGUUAUCGCGAGGUUAACUGUGGUCAAUUAAUUGUCAAAGGUCGGGCUGUUGACAAGAAGGAUAAUGCUGGCUCGGUUUCGCUACAGAAGCGCGAUGCAGCAGCAAUUAAAAACUUGAGGGCGGCAGGUAUACCUACAGAUUUGGAUUGGUUGCUCUCCGAUGGCAUUCGUGGAUACGAAAGUAUGAGUGAACCUGGCGAGACGGCGCAGGUACAUCCUUACCAGUUUACGACGUCAAUUGCCAAGCUCGCCGAGGAGAAAGGCGUCAAGAUUGUCCUAGGCACAGUGACCAAGAUCAACCAAGACGCUGGUGGCGUCCAGUCUGUGACUUAUACGGACAAAGCCUCGGGUGAAUCGCACACACUGCCGGCAACAGAUGUCGUCGUUUCGGCUGGUCCGUGGACGAAACGAGUCCUUCCUUCGGCGCCUAUAUCUGCAACACGAGCGCAUAGUGUAGUCAUCAAACCGACGAGACCUGUAUCUGCAUACACACUAUUCACGAAUAUCGAAUUACCCUCCAAGCACAAUCCGAAGAGGUCAACGGUCGAGACGCCAGAGAUAUACGCGCGCCCAGAUGCUACAGUCUAUGCAUGCGGCGACGGAGAUCAUAUCGUCCCACUACCGGACACGACAGCGGACGUCGAAGUCGAUCCCAAACGGUGUCAAGACAUCAUCGAUUCAGUGGGCAGUAUCUCGGACGAGCUCCGGCUCGGCGAGAUCGUGAAGCAGCAAGCCUGUUAUCUGCCGAACGUUGACGCACGCGGUGGUGGUGGGCCGUUAAUUGGCCAUUCACGAACGAAGGGAUUGUAUGUUGCGACUGGGCAUACGUGUUGGGGGAUUCAGAAUGCUCCUGGGACUGGCAAGCUUAUUAGCGAGUUUGUUUUUGAGGGCAGUGCGAAGAGUGCGAAGAUUGCGGCCCUAGACCCGCAGCAAUUUAUGUAG